CGUUAACUGGUCUCAUGUGGUGAGCCAACCUCCUUGUUCUCUCCUUUCAUCUUCCUUGUGCGGCAAACCCCCAUUGACAAGCCAUGGCUCGAGUAUAUGCCCAUGCCAAUGCCCGCCUGGGACCCAACUGGUAUGAUUAUGACAACUUCAAAAUCGAGUGGAGUACUCCUGAACGCUAUGAGGUUAUCCGCCGUCUCGGCGGUGGGCGUUAUUCCGAGGUCUUUGAAGGCGUGGACAUGGUCAACUCUGAUAGGUGCAUAGUCAAAGUUCUGAAGCCUGUCGCCGCAAAGAAGAUCAACCGCGAGAUAAAGGUUCUCCGAAAUAUAACGGGCGGCGCCAACAUUGUCGCCCUCCUUGAUGUCGUCAGAGACCCGACCGCACGAUACCACAGCUUGAUAAUGGAAUAUGUCGACAAUACGGAAUGGAAAUCAUUAUACCCCGUACUGACGGAGGUGGAUAUCAAGUACUAUAUUUUCCAGCUGCUCAAGGCAUUGGACUUCGUUCACUCCCGCGGUAUUAUGCAUCGUGAUGUGAAGCCCGGCAACGUGAUGAUAGAUCACCGGCGUCGCAAACUCCGACUGAUUGACUGGGGGUUGGCUGAAUUCUACCACCCAGGACAGACGUAUCACAUCCGCGUCGGGUCUCGUUAUUACAAAGGCCCAGAGCUCCUGGUUGGUUACAAGGAGUAUGACUACAGCCUGGACAUAUGGAGCGUGGGGUGCAUGUUGGCAGGCAUGCUCUUCCGAAAGGAGCAUUUUUUCAAGGGCGCGGACAACGAUGAUCAGCUUCUCAAGAUAAUGAAAGUGUUGGGCACGGACACGUUCGACACUUAUCUUCAGACACAUGGCAUCGCUUUUGAGACCGAUAUUGAAGGGCUCCUACAAUCCUACCCAAGACAGCCGUGGUCUCGGUUCAUCAACGCCGACAAUCAACAGAACGCUACAGGCGAAGCACUUGACCUCCUCGACAAGAUGCUUCGAUAUGAUCACCAGAAGCGUUUGACGGCCAAGGAAGCUCAAGCCCACAGUUAUUUCAAUCUUGUUCGGUUGGAACCUGCAACUGCAAAAGGAGACUCGACAGACUAUGUCAGCGACUCAGGUUUUUGCUCCAUGUGAUCCGACAGACUCGAAUCUGCUUUGUUUACUCUACUUGGGCUCCGGUUCUGCUUGUGUGGUGAUAAUUUAAUUGAUACUGUGUAUAACAGAUGCUUGAUCGAUCAUAAGUAUGAUGCGUGCGCAGAGCGUGUACUACGCGCGUACGUGCACGUGUGUAGAUUUAGAAGCAUAUAUGUUGUCCCUAUUAGUACUAAAUUAUGUCUUCAAUUCCGU